CGAAAAAUGAUCUCGGCGUACGACCGUGAGGAGCAGGGCUAUCCUCCUCCAGUAACCAACAACGGGAAUGUCCCAACUGAAAGUCCAGGCAUUAACAGAUCCUUCUCUGUCGCCACUACCGACGUUGCAGCCCUUGUCCCCUCUGGCGAUAAGCUUCUCCUAUUCCGAUCCCUUACGGGUAUCGACACCGUCCCGGCACUGCGGACCAACGGUCACUCGGUCCGUUCCGCGCCAAACAUUGGCAUCUACACACGUGUUGUUCGCAACGAACGCAAAGCUUCCUUCCGACACAAGCUUUUUAGAAUCCUUGUUAGCACCUGUCUUGCGGCUCAAAUCAUAGUCGCCGCCACACUUACUGCACUCGGAGCUGCCAAUGGCUCCCACAAGGCAGUCACAGCGUUCGGGGCAAUCAACACCAUAAUCGCAGGUCUCCUGACAUACCUCAAAGGGUCAGGACUGCCCACAAAACUCAAAACCAGAAAGGAUGAAUGGAAAAAAGUCCGAGAGUACAUUGAGCAGCGUGAACGAGAGUUCUGCCUGGCGGACUGUCCCCUCAACAUCCAGGAGGAAAUACAGAUUGUCGAAAACAUGUACCAGCGCGUCAGCACUUGGCUCGAG